GAAUCCCCUGGGGACGAAGACGAAGCAGCCGUCCGAAGGCAUGCGCACUCGCCAUUCCACCGCACGGCGGACACUGUCGUGCGUUCUCUCCCAUUCUGUCCAUGCAGCCCGACAUCGCAACCAGGUAACGUCGUGGAGUCAUGCUCAGCAGUGCUGUGUAACAAAAGAAUACGAGUCUAUAGAUCGUUCUACAGAAGUAUAUACGUGAGCCGUGCGAUUGAAUAAGUGGACGUUUAGGCAAGUUCUUUGACAUAUGGAGGACCGGUCCUCUGCAGGCGAGAUGUCCGUCUCGUUGCCUUCUACAGAUGGGAACCUGCAAAGUGAUGCUUCGGAAGCAUCCGUUGUGGCAACCGGAGGAACGAACGAGAGCGGUCCUGCAGAAAUUGAACAUGCGUCAGUUGUCCUUGGAGUCUCGGAUGUAUCACACGACGCAGUGGCAUCUCGUACAUUGGUGUCGCAAAGCGAGAUGACGUUGGAAAGAUUUGUAGCCGGAAAAGUAUCUAAGCCCGACAGAGACGAGCUCGGAAUGGCCCCGACAUUUGAUAGCUUCGAGCAAGACCUCAAACUGGAACCCGUACAGAUCGGCGGAGGGGGCGAGCAGAUAUUAUCUGUCAAAACAGUCGGCAUCGACGACUUGAAGGGUGAUCCUGUUGGGAACUCUGCUCGUUCCUUGCAUGUGUAUCCAGCGUACGAGACUCACCGUUCGGGGCCAGAUGCAGAGCUGGGUUACGCCAACCCGUUCGCGGUCGUUGAAGACAAAAUUGCGAUGGCGAACAAGGAACUGAAUAAGAUUUCGAGAGGGACAGGUGGACAGGACGAAUGUUCCGACUCCGAUGUUCAACGAACGUCACGUAGUCCUCGUAGACCCAAGAAACACAAGGAUCAAUCUUCCGAGCAAAGGCGGAAAGACAAAGCAAGCGCGCAGGUUCUCAACAUCGUUGAGGACGCUGUCGAUACUCUUAUGGAAGAAUUCCAGCUCGGAGAUGGGUCGGACAUAGAAACAGAGUAUCCUCCUAUCGAGUACGAUCCUCCCCACCCGCGAAGAAAGGUCGUACGCAAAUCAAUGGAAGACCUGGAUAAGGUCGACACCAUCUGUGGCAUCCUGGAAUCUCUUACCGGUGACGUGAAGGGUGACGUUGACCUGUCAGAGAUCGAGCCGAUGGCGCUUAUUGACGCGAGCUAUCUUGAUGACACCGAAAAAAGAUCGCCCAAACGGAAGAAGCGGUCGAAGAAGGCGAAAUCUAAUUCGUUAGAACCAGUGCGAAUAACGCCUAAGAAGAAGCGUUCGUCCAAGAAGGAGAAGUCCGGCACAACUAGAAGGAAUGGCAGGGACGAUGUAGGCAGGGAAGAAGCGACGCGGAUGGAGACAUCCGAAGGCAAUGAAGGUGAUGAGAGCAAAGAUAAGAAGGUGCACUUUGUUACGAGCCUCGUCUUUCGGCGGAAGAAUAUGCCCUCAGAAGUGACAGUUUCUGCAACGAAGGAUGGCAGAGAGGUCUCCGUCGUGAAGAAAGCGGUAUCGUCCAAAGGGGAAAAGAAGGCCGUGGCUCGUAAAUGGAAAGGCGACAAAUACAGCGAUCAUCUGGAAACGGGAGGAAUCGUAACCAGUAAAGACGACGCACGAGAAAGUAGAGGUGAGAGCGCAGGGAGCAGAAGUAGUAGGGUUAGCAGAGGCAGUAGGGACAGUUUGGAAAGUAGGACCAGUGCGGGUAGUACUGGAAGCGCGAACAGUAAGGGGACACGGAAGCUUAGGCAAGCCGAACAGACGAGCCAAGCGAAAAAGAAAGCGAACGCUAAAAAACAAGAGCGGAGAAAAGAGGUCAUGGAUGUGAGCGAAGAAGAAAAUGUAACACCGUGCGAGGAAGAACGAGAAAUUAAAGAAACUCGGAAGGAGGGCCGCAAGAAAAAAAGGAGCAUCAAGAAGUCAGAUAAGACAAGGAAAAGGGGUGAUGAUGAAGAGGAAGACAUUAGGAUCAAACGUGACAGCGGUGGAGGAAUUAGCCUUAUACUUCCACGCACAGCGUCCGUGAGUAUUGACAGUGCUGGAAGCUGCGGGCGUAGAGAACGGCGGUUCUGUGACAAGUGUUCCGAAGAGGCUGUGGCGAAGGAGCGUACGUCGUCUUUAGAGAGAGACAAAGAGCGGCGAGAUAGAUCGCCUCAUAGAGGAGACGCUGCAUCAUACGGAUAUCGACAGUUUUCGUUCGAACAAAGAACAACGGCGGCUCCUCGCGAUUCUGGGUACAGAAGGAAGGACGUUGAUGUGGCAGAAAUGUGCGGGUCCCAUUAUGAUGAGCAGCGCGGUACCCCCUACGGCCGGAGAGGAACCGAGGGAAACCACCCACAACGUUUAUCGUACGGUCAAAGAGACGCAGAGGGUAUCCGCUCACAGGGCUCGUGGUGCGACCAGCGGGAAGGUUUUGGAUUGCGUAUGAGAGACACUUCUUAUGACCGAACAGGUUCAGACGGAAGUCUCCCACAAGACAUGCGCGACCGAAGGGACCCUGCCGACGUCAGAACGUCUGAUCCUCGAUAUAGGUCACGGUCACCACCGUCACGCCGUAGGACAGGACACACCAAAGAAGUCGAAAUCGAACUAUAUAACAGAACAAAGUCAUCAUAUGAUCGCAAGAUCGGACAAGAUCGCCCUGAUCGCAGAGACAGGCUCCUCUCCACAACUUCUCCACACACGCCUCCCUCUGAACCUCCUCCUUCCGUUCCAUCACAUGACUGGAGCUUCAGUAAGGAUGACCUCAGACAAAAAUCUCCAUCACCGACCAAGCGAACGAGACAGAAGGAAGGCGUUGUUAGUAGGGCAACACAAGCUUCCCCUCUAAGAGGCGAGCACCGAAGUGCUGACAUCUUAUAUAGGACGAGGACGAAAGCAACUUCAAGGAAAUACAAGAGACAGGCGGACACGGGUUCAAGAACUGCGGCUUCUUCGCCUGACAACAGGACGUACAAAGAUGACAACUACAGACGAAGUUCCAAAGCUCGUGGGAAAGAUAGUGACUCCGAGGCUAGGGACAGGCAGUACGCGGCUAAAUGCAAGGGAGGCGAAGAUGACGGCUACAGGAACGUCAGUGAAUGCGACGUACGAUCAACGUCUCCUCCACGUGGCUACGUCAAGGAUAGCGAUAUGGGCAUCAGCACGAAAGAUGCUGACAGAAGAGAGAUGGAUGUAGAUGCAAGGACAAGACGAGCACAGCAUCAGAAAGACUAUGCUUGGGGAGGUGAUAUUAACUUGAGGUUAAGUCAACAACCUCAGCAUAGCAGAUACGAGGCCGACUAUGGGGGACACAACACACCGUCUAAUCAAAAGAAAAUGAGUCACCAGGAUGACGACAGAGGAAGAAGGGGGCCGCCACGAAAUCUAGAAGAAGGGACACCAGAGCAAAGAGUGGAGACGCGUUAUGAACGCAGGACGGAAAGAUAUGGACGAAAAGAUUACAUAGAAGGCCAGAGUAACAGCCCGGACGACGGUGCAAGAAUACGCCAGCCAGGCCGCUCCACUAAGGAUGCUGAAGACUCAUUGAGGGGCAGGACUCCUUCAUCCUCUGCGUUGUCAACACAGGGAGGACCGUUCAAGCCUCAACCUUCCAGUGAAUACGCACCCGGCGACACCGACACCCUUGGGAGAUCGCCUUCCCGUGACUCUUGGAUAAGCUAUAGCGAACGAUCCAGAAGGCGAGAUUUUCGUCGUGACCAAAGAAAAGACUCUAGACAGCGUACCGCAAGAACUAGAGUUGCCGUCGAUGAACGGGGACGCGAUCCAGUGAGUGAGGUUACGAGUCAAGAAUGGGUAGCCGACAACCGUAAGGGUGUUCGGGGCAAGGGCAGUCCAUGUCGGAGCCCUUCUUCAACGCAGACGGGCUACACUGGCCAGGCAGGCUACACACACGCGGCGUCCCACAUGGAAUCUGCAGCGAAUAUCUCUCGGGCAACGACCCCUCUAAGCUCUAACGUGGAUCUGCGCCAGUGGCGGAAGCUUCCAGAAAGGAGCUCAGAGGUUAAUGUUGCUCGAAACAUCGCUAUACGGCAAAAAGGUUCUGAGCCGAGGUUGAACCGUCGUGCUGGCCAAGUGAAUCCCACCACUGACGUGAAACAUCCUCCACCCGUGAGGGUUGGAUCUGGUGCGACCUUAGUAUCAGGUGGUAUUAGCACCCAAGCUGGUCACUCCCGGAGCUCUCCGACUUCUAAAGGAAAACCGCCAAAUGUCGAGCAGAGUUCGCAGGCGGGUGCGCAAGGCAUUAACGUGCAAAUGUUUCCUAUAGAAGGGUUGGCUCCUAUGAUUGUUCUUCAGCGUAAGGACCAUGACGAGAAGCAGACGCUCGUAGUGAAAACAUCAAAGACUGGGUUGAAAGGUGAUGGGUCGUCCGAAGACGUUACUCAGAUAACCAUACACAAUGUGAAAAAGAGCAAGGACAAGACUAAAAGCUCGAAGAGGCAAGAGGAAGCACAGAAGAGAGCUUCGGCCAGUUCCUUUCCUUCGCAGUAUGAUGACGCGAAGUCAAAGAUAGACGAGGACUCGACUUUUAAAGCGAGCGCCGCAGGCCCUCGAAUAAACGUGUGGCAUGUGCCCCCUGAAGACAUGCAGAGGCAUCUGGAAUCUGUGCAUCUUACCACUUCAGAUUCCAAGCGCUCCAGAUCGGGAUGCAGACGUUCCGAGAGAUCCCAUUCUAGGAAGAGGACGUGCCACAGAGAGUUGAGACGGCGUAAGGCUUUAAAAGCACGGCUCAUGGCGGAGUCUCCAACCGCAGGUCGUGAGACCAUCCAAGGUCCCGUCUAUGGAACAGGGGGAUCACAUUGCCGGAUUGAGCCAUGCGUGGAGAUGAGGUCUAUGGAGCGAAUUAAUCCACGUGAAGCAGCCACGUCAGCUUUUAUACCCGGAGGAAGCAAACAUGAUCCUUAUACUUCUACUCUAAUGAGACCGUCAUCGCAAACGGAACUAAAACGCUUUGCAGGUGCGGAGGACCAGUUCGGAUUGCCAACCAUAGGAGUGGACCCAUUUCGCCGGCAAGACGCAGGAGCGGGUGCCCCGAGUCCUCGCGGCAUGGCGCCGUCAAUGGGCCCAGGUACAUCGCAGCCAGCAACAGAAGGCGUACAAGGAAUGCCUGUACAGCAAACUAUUAUAGUACCUGGAAGCAGGGGGCUGCCGAUCUUGACACAGUCGCUUGGACAAAGCCACAUCAGGCCUAUCACUCUCGAUGGUAUGAACAGCGGUCAGACGUUCUUGCUGCAAUCGCAAGGCGGAGGACAGACUAUCUUAACGCAAAUACACGGUCUACGCAUGCCCAAUCCGCAGGAGAAUGUCAACCCGCAGACGCAGCAACCAGGAUUAACUGGCACAGUUGAACCAGAAUUAGUGGGGAGUCAUUUACCUACAAGGAUAAUGUUAACACAUGGAAGUGGCCCGCCUUCAGUGCUUCCACAACCAACACCGCCUCCGCAAUCUUCUCCAGGACCCACUGAAACUAUCCUCAUCCAGCCUGGAUUGCCACCUGCCGAACCGCAACUGCUCAACCAUUUUCAACAGGAUCCAAAACAGCAAGAAAGGAUAACUAUGUUCAAGCGCAACAUGCGAUACGCAUUUCCUUCGCCACCAACGUCUCCUCCUCCCAUGGGACCAAGAUUCACUGCUCAGACUGCUUUGAUUGGGAGCGGCGCGCAAUCUGUGCGACCGCACCAUCAUCACCGCCAACCGCUCACACCGCCACAGUGGUGUCAGCCGACGCUCGCUUGCAGAGGUUCCCGCCGUCCCCAAGGAAUGAGGUGUGGCUUCAUGCCUUAUGAACCAACGAGGCGAUCUCCACGAAACGCGUUCUCUCAGCCAACCAUCUACAGAAGUGUAGGUACGCCAUUUACUUCCAAUUCAUUCAUGACUGCGUACGACGCGACGCAGGCGCCUGAGAGCGAGGUACUAGAAGACAGAGAGGCCGCGAUCGCGAUGGCUUCCACGUCGGCUCCUGCUCUGGACCUGGGGGUUUCCGCGAGUGCUUCCCGUUCUUGCUCCGAGUCAUCUGCAUCUCGUGAGAAUAUGUACAGUUUCACCGUGUCCACUGAAUCGCCUUCGCGAUCUGAGUGUCUUGACAUGUGGGACAGAAGCAAGCACAGGUCCAUUGACCCGAUACUUCCAGAAGCAGCUCGCUACAGCGAAUCGCUUUCUAAAAGUUUCCGGAGGUUUACCAAUAAGGGUCAGACUGCAGUUUACUUCCUCUUCCUCAUAGUGGCCAUAGCGGGUCUCGCGGGUGCCAUAACCCUGUACAGCAAGAGGAGAUGGACACGCCAGCAAGAGGAACCGAGCUUUGAAAGCGGCAAUGGCGCCAAUAUGUUUGGCCCCUGGCAAAGGUUUGACGACGUGAGGAGUGCCCCACCGAAUGGUACCCGCUUCUGCGCAAGUUUGCAGUGUAGCCUGGAAGCCCUAGCUCUGAUAAAGUCUAUAGACCGCUCCUUGAAUCCCUGCGACGAUUUCUAUGGUUAUGUGUGUUCGUCUCAGUUGAAAGACAAGGGAUCAUAUGCAUCUGCCGAUGCGUUUGCAAAGAAAGAAGUGCAGAGAGCGGUCAUAAACUUCUUCAAAGAGCGCAGUCCAGGCAGCGGCGAUAUCGCGACAGCCAAGCAAUUCUGGCAGAGCUGCAUCAACGUGGACGAGAUAGCUCACCUGGGAAACGUGCCUUUCUUGAGCAUCCUCAAUAUGACUGGGCUCCGAGGCUGGCCGUAUGUGGCCCGUGACUAUCAACCAGACGUCGCUGACGUGUGGAGGAAAGCCGGUAAAAUCAUAAGGCACAUGUCGUUAUCUCCUCUGGUGAAUGUAAGAGUAAUACCAGCCCUCCGUCGAGAUAAAAGGGUCAUAGUGUUGAGCAGGGGUGAACACAUUCUUCCCGUUCAACGCGACCUUCAGAAGGUCUUUGGAAGAGACGGCCUUACAGCUGACGUAGCGAAAGCGUUUAAAGUGGUUCAUCCGUCGAGCUCGUACAUCGACCAGGACUCUACGGCAGUAGUGGACUUCAUCUUUAAGCUGUCCAGCAUAAGCGACGGCGAAGUAGAAAGACGAGACGGCCUCGCGACAGUCGUUGAGCCAUUUAUCAACAACGCCUUCGGGGACGAAGACAUCUCGACUUCCAACGGCAGCGUCUACAUCACGCAAAGUUCCAUAUUCGUCGACGCGUUGGUAAAACUCGUUCAAACCACACCCUCAAGAACGAUCAUGAACUAUCUCGGUUUCAGCGUGGUUCGUCAUGUGUUUCUCUUCUCUCCAAUCAGCGCCAAAGAGGUUCUUGCUGCUGGCAAGAAGACUUCCGCAGCCGUUACUCGGGAAUCCGAAUGCGUUCGCACACUUCUCAACGAUGCCCUUCCCAAGGCAACAGCUGAACGUGUAGUCUACGCAGCAGUUCAGAAGAACGUUAACCUUCCCGCACUGAAGGUGUUGACCUCAGAUCUGAAGAAGAGUGCCGUUAAUCGAAUCUCGAAGUUGCACUGGAUGGGUACGAGGACCCGAGCCCGUGUUGCUAGCCAAGUACGCGAAAUUGACAUUCGCUUUCUCUUUGAGAACGAUACAGUAUCUGACAGUCUUACUCAAGGGCCUCCACCUGAACGCCUUCCAGACGUUCUGCCUGGACAAACUUUGCUCUCAUACCAACGUCUACGGGCUUACCGCUUCAAAUCGUCCAUUGCGAUUACCACGUCAGCGGGCGUCAGCAACUUGAGUGGCAGUUUUACUCACGAGGAUUGCACGUACUCCUCCGACAACAAAGUCCUCCUCUUGUCAUUGUCAACACUCGACGUCAGGGAUUCUCCAACACCCUUUUCACUCCUCUUUCAAGUUCCUCGCUUUGGCGUCAAGGUUCUGCGGUGCCUCCUUCGUGUUUUCCUUGGCGGGAACAUUGACAGUCAAGGACAAAGUCAGUCUGCUGUCACAGGGUCCUGGGCUUCACCAGCGCGUCGCCGCUACGAGACGAUAAGAUCGUGCAUCAAUAAGCAGUACCUCAGGAUUAGAGACCAUGUUGAAAAUAAAACAGCUAAUCGACAAGACCCUCUUGGAGCGCUAAACGUCGUCGACAACGCCGCCGUGGGUCCAGAUAAGGAUGUCUAUGACGCGUAUGCGUCCGCUCUGAGGCACUCCGGCUCCGUACAGGAUUCUGAGGCUCUGGAGGGGUUGACGUGGACGCAGAUGUUCUACGUAUCGUACGCCCAGGGCGUGUGUGAGAACUUGAGAAGGGCAACGCUGUAUCAGGAGAGUCCCAACUGGGAGAGAGUGAAUGUACCACUUGGAAAUGACGAGCAGUUUCUGAAGGUGUUCAAGUGCGGUGGAAGCAGUGCCAUGAAUCUGGAACCGCGCUGUGGAAUCUGGAUCUAGCGACUAGGCAACGUUCGUUGACCAAAUUGCUACCAAAUUGCUGCCCGAUAAUACUACCUGAUAAAUUGCUACCUGAUAAUAAAUAGUAUUGUUUAUAUACCGCA